UCGAGGUCAGGAAGAAGUAUGCAUUGCUAUCUCUCUAAUGCAUUGCUUGCAACCAGCUGAAAGGUUUUCCUACAUAGAAUCCGUGCGAAAUUGUUCUGAUGAACGGAGGAGGACAUCCAUUUGGCUUGCAGAACUCAAAGAAUGCAGUCGCUCCAGGGACUUACACAGGGGGAGAUUGGUCCACGCUGAUAUUAGUGACAACGGGGAUGACUCAAACAUCUACAUAGCAAAUACACUGGUCAGUAUGUAUGCCAAAUGUGGAAGCCUAGCGGAAGCUCGAAGGGUCUUCGACAGGAUAGGCUCUCGUAGUUUAGCGUCCUGGAAUCCUUUGCUACUGGGGUAUGCAGAAACUGGUGAAGCGGAGCUGGCUUUGGAGUUAUUUUCUCGGUUGCUACGAGAAGGCUACGCAGCAGAGACGCGAACAUACGUUGCUGUAGUGAAGGCUUGCACGAACUUGGCAGCAAAAGAAGAAGGCCGGGAAUUAUCUAAGCAGGUUGUGAAGGUAGAGUCUCUGGAGAAAGGCUUUGCAGUUCAUUGUGAAGCGUCCAAGAGCAGCUGCGAGUCCCACAUCUUUGUGGCGAGUGCUCUGGUGGACAUGUACUCGAACUGUGGGAGUAUGGAAGACGCUCAGCUGGUUUUCGACAGAAUGCCGUAUCACGACGUGGUUCUGUGGAACGCUUUGAUACUUGGCUAUGCGGUGAACGGGGAUGGAAACUUUUCACUACAGUUGAUGGCUCAGAUGAAAGCUGAAGGCUGUCAACCUGAUGCUCGAACUUUCGUCGCUGCUUUGAAGGCCUGCAGUGCUUUGGCUGUGGAAGAAGACGGCAGGGAGUUUUUCCUUUGCGGGAAGCCAAGGCUGGUGAAGGUUGACGCUCUGGCCAAAGGCUUCACAGUUCACUCUCAAGCAGCAAAGCGAGGGAUCGACUGCUCUAAUGUUUUCGUGGCAAGCGCCCUGGUGGACAUGUACACAAACUGCGGGAGUUUAGUCGAUGCCAAGCGCGUCUUUGACGGGACGGCCUCGCGUUUUGACGCCGUGCUAUGCAACGCCUUGAUGCUCGGUUUUGCUGACAACGGGGAAGCAGAGGCAGCUCUGGACUUGUUUACUCGAAUGAAGCUCCAAGGCUGCGAACCAAACGCUCUCACUUUUUCAGAGGUACUCAAAGCUUGUGGCUCUGUUGCGGCUCUACGAGUUGGAAAGGCAAUUCACGGUAGCAUCCUCAGGUCUGGCCUAGAGAAAGACAAGGUUCUUACGAACUGCCUGGUGGAUUUCUACGGGAAAUGUGGCAGCAUGGUGGACUCACAGCAAGUUUUCGAUUCGGUUCUCUCUCCGGGCUGCAUAACUUGGACUGCUCUCAUAGCUGGCUACAGUCAUCUAGGGGAAACAAGACUGACUUUUAGUUCUUUCGAACGGAUGCAACAAGAAGAAGUGAGAGGGAACAGAAUCACUCUAGGCUGCAUUCUCUACGCUUGCAGCCACGCUGGUUUGGUAUCCAAAGGCAAGAAGUACUUCCAAGCUAUGAAAGGCAGAUUCAGCAUUGAGCACACACUAGAGCACUACCACUGCAUGGUGGAUAUGCUGGGAAGGGCCAGCGAGCUAGAAGCUGCUCUGAGACUGGUGGAAACUAUGCCUUUCCAGCCGGUCUACUUGACGUGGAUGAUCCUGUUGGGUGCUUGCAAGAAGUGGAAGAACUCCGAAGUCGGACGGAUUGCCUUUGAAGCUCUGGUGAAGAUCGACGAGAGAGAAGCUGGGGCGUACGUGCUCAUGGAGACGAUCUAUGGAAGCCGAGGGAUGUGGGAGGAGCAGGCUAGGAUCGAGAUGAUGCGAGUGGAGGCUCGGGCAUGGAAGAAACCAGCGGGACGAAGCUGGUGGACGGACGAUCUGGGAAGAGUUCACAGCUUCAUCGUGGGUGAUACGAGCCAUCCACAGAGCGAAGAGAUCAACGCGAGGCUAAAGUUAAUAGUGGCAACGAUGAAGGAGCACGGGUACGUAGCAGACGUGGGAAGUGUGGGGCGAAAGGUUCCAGAGGCCGAGAAGGAAGAGAACUUGUGUGGCCAUAGCGAGAGGUUGGCCAUAGCUUGUGCUCUACUCAACACUGCUCCUGGCACGACACUCCGGAUCAUGAAGAACCUCCGGGUUUGCGAUGAUUGUCACGAGGCAACAAAAAUUAUUUCUAGGAUCGAGAAGAGGCGGAUAGUGUGCAGGGACGCGACUAGAUUUCACAGCUUCUUCAACGGGGAAUGCUCGUGUGGGAACUUUUGGUGACGGGAGAUUCUUUCAAAAGAUUUAAAAUGACUUAUCAUUUCAUAGGUUGAUCAAGUUAUUUGUGAUGCUUUAUAUUAGGCAUUGAGGUUCCAAUCCAAGAUGCAACAGGAGGGGCAGCAGGCAGAUCGGUGAAGCCUAGGGCGGGGACAGAAGGCUUAUAAAAAACACUUAUUAUAAUUUGUUGGUCUCAUGCUUUUUGACAAAACUUUAUAAACAGAAGGCUUAUAAAAAAAACUUAC